ACAAACUGAGGCUUGUCAGUGCUGAGUGUGUCUUCAGUGGCUGUGCUUGACUAGCAGUGGUGAACGGCAGAUUUGAGUGGACAUUUAUGAUUUAUGGAGCUUUUUUUUGUUUGUCGCACAGGAAUGGUGUCAGUGGGUCUUUAGCAAAGAUAGUCCACACUGUGGCAUGUGAGUGUGUGUCAGCAGGACUGAAUCAGCAGGAAUGAUUUGAGCUUUAUUGACUUUGACUCAGAGUGUAUGCUCAUGCUGGAGUAGAAAGGAUUUAAGAGUAAGGAUACAGAUGUAAUGACACAGGAGGAAAACAUGGUAGAGCCACUCUAGGGGCCAGAGGACUGCCCCCUUCUCUCAGAAAAAAAAAGAAAAAAAAUGGGAAACGGUAUCCAGAAGAAGAAGAAGACAGAAAAAAGCUCAUCUUCCUCUCCAUCCUCGUGCCUGAGUCCCAACAGGGAGAAACCUAAAGGCGUCUGGCUGUUUGGGCACGCGGACAAACUGACAACAGCUGGUCCCAAGGUGAAUGAAGACCAGAAGAGGUUGACAGUCCAUUAUACAGCCUCACAGCACUACCAGGAGAAUGUUUUCAUUGAGGGCAGCAGGCCUCAGUACUUGGAAGACCUGCACACUGAAGCUCAAGAGGGACUCAAGAUACAACAGCAGGAAGAACACAAGAAUGGAGGGAACUUUCCUGACAAUGAAAGCAUUGCUUCCACAGACACUCUCCAUCCGGAGGAUAUCAACUCCAAGGAUGGAGAUGCAUCUCCAGAGUCAAGAGCCAACUCUGGGAAUACUGAUAGCACAGUAACCUUUGCUGCGAUGACAAGACCUGCGCUUACCCACCAAGGUUCUACAUUCAAGCCCCUGAAUCCAAUCAAAAGACAAGAUAAGAGCAGGAAGAAGACCAGGAGAACCACCAUCAUGGGUAUUCCCAACCAGGUCCAGAAAGAACUUGGCCUAAACAGAAACUCCACCUUUCAGCCGCUUGUUUCUACUGAAGUCUCUGUCAACACACAGAUCAGUAACAGCCAAUCAUCAGGUGUCGUCACCAUUUCUACAGAUGAUGGGACUCCAGUGGCAAAUAAGUUGGGAGCAAGGGUACAUGUUUCAGAGCUGGAGCAGGCAUUCAGAGGUGAAGAGCUGGUGAGGAAACAUCUCCAGGACCACCAGGACUUUGGUUCCCAUCUCUUUCCCACCUCCAACCUAAGACCCAAGUCUCUUGCAGUACCUGGCAUGACAACAUCCACCUCUUUAUCUCCUUCAAUGUUCAAUUUCCUCCAGGAACCCCAGGGGCCAGUGAUGUCUAUCUCUCCACAGGCCACUUACUUGUCUACAAUCAUUCCUAAUGCUGUAAUGCCAGCAUCGAUUGAAUUCAUUGAGAUUGACCACAGUACCAGCCGGACUCGUGGCAGCAGUGUCAACCAUGGCAGCAGUGUUCGCACUGUAAGCAAAAGCAGCCUGGCAUCUGGGGACUCGGCAGUCAGCCCCUUGCUAUCCAGAAGAUCAGAUGGUGACACUUCCCAGACAAACCAUUAUCACAAUGACUCCACACUGGCCACAUCAGCUUCAGGGUCAAACUGGAGUGAGUCAAAGUCUUCUGAGACCAUUAUUUCAAACUCAUCCCCACUGUCCUCCAAGGGUAGCACACAAAGCAGUAACUCUUCACAGAGAGUAUGUCUAAAUGGGCAAACCAAACAAACUGUUGGGGAUCAGGACCUUGUUAGUUUCCGUAGCUCAGUUCAUGCGAUUAGCAGCCCUAGCGGUAAAGGUGAAAACCUUGUUACAAGACCAGCAACAGAAUCUGGUGAAUCGGUGGCGGUGGCUGCUGGAGAAGAAGCAAAGAAUAAAAAGAAACGUAGCCUUUCAGUUAUGAAGACCAAGCAACCUCCAGCACCACCGCGUAGAUCAAACUCUCUGCACAGUAAUAAGAUUAGAGGUAACUCCAGGGUGGUUCUUGUGGAUAACAAAAGUCUUAAUGACUCUGCUUCUGGGGAGGUGACAUUUACUAGAGAGAAUAUUGUACCAGAGGAUGAGACAAAGUUGGUUUCUACAAAUAGCACUAAGAUACCCGAAGAUGUAUCAAACUUCCUUAGGUCAAGCUGUCCAGAUUCUUCCGCCAAUCCUCUGAGUUCUGCUAAGGCAUCUUCAAAUGAAGAUGGGCUAUCUCCAGAAUCUAGUUCCUCCCCACAGAAAGUUCCACCAGAGGAUGGGAAAUUUGAACGGACCAUUUCUCCAUCUAGUGGCUACUCUAGUCAGAGUGGCACACCAACGCUUUCUCCAAAAGGGAUCUCCCCAACCUCCACGGACAAGCAGAAGAAGAAACCAGUCAAGCCGGAAAGAUCAGCGUCGCGAGCCUCAUCCUCAGCAGCAUCUCCUUCAUCCUCAGUUACGUCUUUAUCAUCUGGAACAUCUGAGCUUGCCAAUACAGAGGUUUCUGUGUGUAGCUCAAAUCAGCCCCCACAGGGAUCUUCACCACCUGUUGCUACAAAAGACCUUGCACUGAAGAACAAUACCUCAACUUUUAGAGAGGAAGUAAAUGAGCUAUUGAACAUCCCACCACCUCCUAAAGUCAAAGCACCAUGUCCUCCUCCUCCAGAGACAUGGGUCCACAGCAGACGCACCUUUGAGCUCCUCUGUGGGCCUUGCCCUAAUGUUAAACAAAAAGCAGCACAAGUACAGGAAAGCACAAGUAACAACACAGGAACCCAGACUGAAACUAAGAAAGAGAUGCAGGUUUUGGAUCAAAUUCAAACAGCUACAGACAAACCUAUCAUAGAACUGUCCAAAACUCAAGCAAAGCCUGAGUUACUAUCAACAAUGCAUCCUGACAGAGUCCAUGUGGUGCAGGAGGGUAAGGAAUAUCCAGAACAAGAAACACCUUUCAUCCAGGACAAAAGAAAAGCAAGCGUAGAUGUUCAGCAGCAAGAACAGAGUAGUAGCUUUGUAAUGAAAGAGCCAGAGAGUCAAGGGACAACUCCAAAGAAAGAUCCCCCUCCUGUCAUGAAGAAACCCAUGACACUACUGCACAAAGGGGAAAUGGUCUUGGCGGAGAAGUCAGUGGAGAAAGAGAACAAUGAAACGAGUGGCACAGCAGAGGUCACUAUAUCUGUGGAGAACUACACGUCUUUAGAGGAAGGUGUGACAGCUUUAUUUGACAAGAGCAAGGCUGAGAUGGACAGAAGUGAAGUCCAAUCCAUGCAAACACUUUCAAUAGAGGUCCCCAGAAUCAAUAAGUUUUCUCCGCCACCUACCCCUCCCCCAGCAUACCACCCAACACCGCCUCUAUCAAGGAAAACACCUCCCUCAGCAGUAUCUACACCUCCAAAUGAUUUACAAAGGGUACAGGAGGAGAUCCACAUUGUAGAGUCCUCCUGGCCACCUCCACCACCUCCUUUGGAAGGGGACUCUGUAUUUGAUGGAGUGGAUGAGGUUGACUUUCCUCCACCUCCUCCUCCAUCCAUCAUAACCGACAGUGCACCAGAUGUGAUGGCUGGUUGCGUCACAGAGUUGGGCAACCCUAAUGUGCAGACUGUACAGAGUUCGGAUUUGCACCCAACUGUUCCACAACCAGUUAUAAAUGACACAGAACCAGUGAUUGACGUGCAGGUUCCAAAAUCUAUAGCUUUUGAGGAGAGUUCUUCAUCUGUUUUAGAGACUGUAUCGCCUCCACCAGUGGAAUCGUCUCUUAUACCAAGUAUGAGAAGAGCAGAAAGCCCAGUACCAAACACAGCUGUAGAUCGUCCCGGCAGUUUCCAGAAGCGAGGUUCUCUGCAAAUUGAAGAUGCCACUGUGUCCAUCAGUACUCAGUCUUCAGCUCUGACUGUGCCCGUAGCACCUCCUCUACUGUCAGAUAAUUUAACCCAUGGAGUUAAUUUCAGAAGACAUUCCAGCCUAGCAAAUCGAGAUGCCAGGGCCAAGGAGCUCCUCUCCCGCCACAAAAGUGUUCCCAUUCCCAAAGAGGAUGCUAACAUACCUCUUGUCACCCCUUCCCUGCUUCAAAUGGUUCGCCUGAGAUCAGUCAACAUGACCGAAGAUCAGGUGCAAAGUCCACCAGAGGACAAGUCCACAAAUGACGAAGCACCAGUUAAGGAUAAUUCCUCAGUUUCUAUCCAAGGAUCUCAAAACAUUCCUCAAAAACCCAUCCGCAAGUCAUUGUCACUGAAAUCUCCCCCUCAGGCCAUUAAAUCAUCCUCUGUGACAAUGACCAGUCCUUCAAUGCGCUUACAGGAAGCCAUACGAAUGAAAACUGCAGCAAUGUCUUCAAGAGAUGGUCUGCCCUCCAAACUGGGUGUGAAAUCAUCGACAUACAGCUGUGUCACUGACCCAGGAACUUUGUCACGGAAAUCACACGAAGGAUAUGACAUGCACAAGUCUCCAGCUUCUACUGCUAGCUUUAUCUUCUCUAGGAGCACAAAAAAGGUUGUCAUAGAGACUGCCUCAUCCCCCAACGCUCAGGCAAAUCUAAAGCAAAGCUUGGCAGCUGAGCUCAUGCAAGUGUCCGAUCAAUCCAAGGCUGCUGUGUUUACAUUUGAUGGAGUGAAGUGUGAUAAAGUUCCUCCACCUGUAGCCAAGAAGCCAACGCAAAGCACCAUCAACUCUUCACCGAGUCUUCCGAAUUCUUUGUCAAAGAUGGAGGUCAAUGUCAAAGGGAAUGGAGCAGUAGUAGGAGGAGAACACAGGAGUGGAAUAAACCUGUCUGAAACAACAACAACCAGAGUAACAGCGGACACAAUUGAAACACUGUUCUGAAAAACUUCUUUGGUGAUUAAACAAGAACCAGGCUGAUACCAGAAGAACAGAAAAAGGACAACUCACAAGAGAGACUGACUGACAUUAAGAGACAUUAACUAAGUGUUUGUGUGCGUUUCCUCCAAAAAGCCUUAGCCUGUAUUGGCCUUCCUUAAUAUUUAUGCAAAAAAAAAAAAAGUGGCACUCCCAAUUUCUUAAAAUAGCUUUAUUCUGGAGUAUUUUUCUAAAAAUAUAGUUUAUGUCCUACUGAGGCCCCUCAGGGUGAAGCACUGUACAUUGGCUGAAUUGCAAAUAUUUAGCUUGUGUUAGAUCGCCUCCCAGAGGCUCCAUUAGGUAGUUGUAAUUUCAACUCAGAGAAAACAAUUUGUCUUCAAAAAAAAAGCAUUUCUGUACAUAGAUGGUCUGUUUCCCCCUCCUCUUGUAUUAUAUAUAUUGCAAUAUUGUCUGACAAAAGCAUCCACUGUAGGACAGGAUAUCCAUUCCUUACUUAGACUGAGUGAAGAAAUUACUGAGCUUAGUAUCAUUCACGCUUUUUGGUGUGUAAAGCAUUUGUCAAAAAGGGAUGCCGCAUACUUAAGAAUUCAGUGUUUUUGUUUUUCCGAGAUGCACUUUUGUAAACAACAUAUGCUAAACAGUUCAGAAUAAAAGCAUCUAAAUACGGGAGUAGGUGAAAUAUCAAGUAGAUGCUUUUUUUUUUUUUUUUUUAACAAUUCUUGGGUGUCUGCAAAGCCAGCUCAUCAGUAUCCUAUUUAUUUAUGUGUGAUUGUUUUCACCAGUAGCACUGUCAGUCACCUUUUCCUACCAAAUAUGAAAUAUUUAAGAAUCUGUUUCAUCUGAAAACCACCUUUAGGGCUACGACUGGGGUGACUGGCCCUGGAGGACCAUUACACUGGAGCAGGAUGUCAGUGUUUUCAAAAGCGGACCUAUUAUUGUAAUCCCUGUGAACCAAAAGCUCAGACAUCACGCCUCAGUUUCAGAUGGCAUUUUUUAGUUUUGGAUGUUAAUGUAAGUGAGAGUGGGAAUCUCAGGCACACAGCACUGAGUACACAGGCCUGUUAAGGAGCAGCCAAUCAGGAGAAAGUUUGCUUAAACUGAGGGGAAAGAGACAAAAACAACUUGAUUCAGAUGGUUGAUGAAUUAAAGCCUGGGUUUAAAAAAAAUCAUUAUUAUUUUGAACUGUGAAUCAUGCAAACUACUUCAUCCAUUGAUAAAGACAUGCAGCUGAAACUGAGCACGAUGGGUCCACUUUAAUACAUGUUCUGUAACUCUGUAAGCCUUUUGAUGGUGGAAAAAAAAAUACAGCUCAAUAUAUUUGCACAAAACUUUCCCCCUCUCAGAAUCAUUGAUGAGUGAAUUAUACUGACUCCUCAUACAGGGUCAAAAAAAAUCUGUUUUGCUGAUUAUAGAGAAAUAUGUGCAGUUAUUACUUCUAUAAAUAAAAUUUAAGUGUAUUAAA